CACAUAUUCCCAUUCCCAGGCUUGGAUCAGGCCGUCUCUGCCGGCUGCCGCGGCCCCGGGAACAUCGGCGGGCGGCAGCGGGGACAAGUUUUCUGUGAGCACAAGUGCAAAAGGUGGCCGGGCUGGAAGCAGUGGCCGGAGGUUGUCUGGCCACUUGCCCACCGCGUUGAGCCGUGCUGAGGGGCUGCAGCGUUGGCCCAGGGGCCUGAGCUCCGGCUUCUGCAAACGGCCCACAAAGGGACAUGACGUGCUUGUGAAGCGACUUCUGUGCCGCCAGGGCUUUUCCUCAGGGGGGAAAUGUCUCCCUGGGCUGGGUGGAGGGAAAGAGGGACAAGGAGGCUCGAAACUUGGCACAAAUCCCAGGCAGCGUUUCCACCUCUUGCAAAAUGCUGUUUGCGCUCCACUGAGCCCGGCUGCUCCGGCUCCCUGUGGGACGCGGUGGUUUGUUCGCCGGGGAGUUCUGUCUGUCCAUGGGGGAAGUUUUGGAGAUGAGGGCCUGUUCUUGGUGUGGGGAUGCUCUGGGUUCCUGGCAGUGACUGUGGUGCCUCCCCAGCAGCCAUGGAAUACGUCAGCACACGGGGAGGCGCGAGGGCCGUGAACUUUGAGGGAGCCCUUUUGUCUGGCUACGCGCCCGAUGGGGGCCUCUUCAUGCCCCAGUGCAUCCCCUCGCUGGACAGGGACACCCUGCGAAGGUGGAGCAGCCUCUCCUACCCUGGGCUGGUCAAGGAGCUGUGCUCCCUCUUCAUCCCGGCCGAGCUGGUCCCGCGGAACGCACUCCAUGAGUUGAUCGACAGGGCCUUCAGCAGAUUCAGACACAAGGAUGUCGUGCAACUGUCCAGGCUGAAAGAUGGGCUGAAUGUUUUGGAGCUCUGGCAUGGUGUUACUUAUGCAUUUAAGGACCUGUCCUUGUCCUGCACAGGGCAGUUUUUACAGUACUUCUUGGAGAAAAAGCAGAAGCAUGUCAAUAUUCUGGUGGGGACUUCAGGGGACACAGGGAGCUCGGCCAUCGAGAGUGUAAGAGGGCAGAAGAACGUGGACAUCUUUGUUCUGCUGCCCAAGGGGCUCUGCACCCAGAUACAGGAACUUCAGAUGACCACCGUCAUUGAAGACAACGUCCACGUCUUUGCUGCUCAUGGGAACAGCGAUGAAAUCGAUGAGCCGAUCAAGGAACUGUUUGCUGAUGUCGAUUUUGCUGGAAAAUACAACCUGAUGAGCUUGAAUUCCAUCAAUUGGUCCAGGAUUAUGGUGCAGAUUGCUCACUACUUCUACGCUUACUUUCAGUGUGCCCCAUCCCUGGAUACCACCCCGCUGCCAGUGGUGGAAAUUGUUGUGCCAACAGGAGGAGGAGGAAAUAUCACAGCUGGCUGUAUUGCCCAGAAGAUGGGUCUCCCAAUUCGACUUGUUGCUGUGGUGAACAGCAAUGACAUCAUUCAUAGGACUGUUCAACAUGGAGAUUUCUCACUGGCAGAGAGUGUGAAGGCUACGUUAGCACCAGCCAUGGAUAUCCAGGAGCCUUACAAUGUGGAGAGGAUUCUCUGGCUGCUCUCGGGCUCUGACAGCUGCCAGAUAAAAACGCUGAUGGAGCAAUUCAACACCUCAAAAAGGCUGAAGCUGCCAGAGGAUUUGCACAGAAAGCUCUCCGAGACCCUGGGAUCAUGCUCGGCCUCUGAUGAGGACAUUGUGGGAGCCAUGAGACGCUGCUGGGAGGAGAACCAGUACCUGCUGUGCCCCCACUCUGCUGUGGCUGCUCACUACCACUACUCACAGCCACACAGCAUCCCCCGGUGUUGCUUGGCUCCAGCCUCUCCAGCCAAAUUUCAGGAUGCCGUGCUCCGAGCCAACCUGGUUCCCCAGAUCCCCCCUGAAAUCACUGCCCUAACAGCAAUGGAGACCAGAUCCAAUCCCCUGGAGCGGGGAUGGGACUGGGCACAGGUGCUCCGGGGCCGGAUUGAAGCCGUGGCGCAGCAGUGGGAGGCACAGGCGGGGUCAGUUUGCACCCCAGAGCAGGGUGGGAACACCGGCCAGGUAGUCACACCUGUAUGUGUGUGAGCCUCCCAGGGCUCAUUCUCCACUCCCAGGAAAGCCCUGUGUUGUGCUGGGAGUCUCCAUGCAAUGAUUUAUUAGCAAGAAUACGCAUCCCUGUUGAAUUACGUGGACUAUCUCAUAACAUUUUCAAUAAAGAGCACUGCAGUUGUA